AUGCUGCGCACCUUUCUGAAGGCUCUGGUCUGCGCUCUCGCUCUGCGCUCGCUCUCCACUGCUUCGUCUGCGAACCCAGCACCUGUCGCACUCUCUCAGGACAUAUCAAUAUCGACCAUCAACAACACUCUUGCCACCACAAUCUUGUCAACUCAGACGGCUCCGGACAUCACACCAUGUUCGAUGCAGUCUCCGUGUUCAGGUACUGCAUGUCCUGACCCCUUCGAAGAAAUGGUCACUGUGGUGGUUGGCCCCAGCAGAUCGAAAGUUUCGGCUCAUUCUUGGGCUUGGAAACGAGUAAAUUUCACUCCGACUUGCCCCAAGACGUGGAUCGCAUGGCGGAACACACCUUGUGUAAUCGAGCGACGGACGGAUGAUGUCGAGGCCUGGAAAGGGCUCCGAAACUGGGCAUAUCACGCGAACUUCACCGAUGACUUGGAAGUGCUCAAGAAGGCAUACUUUCAGGCUGACUACGGCGCCUGGCAGACACGACUUGAGGAAUAUGAUUCUGCGGUUCUGAGACGCAUGUCACUCUACCUGCUUGCAUCACGAUUAUCCGCAGAAGAGCUCGCCAACACGAUCAUAGACAACAUUCUCGAUUCGCGACAUUAUUGGCGUCAUGAGCUGCUCCAAAAGUUGAUCCAACUUGUUCUGGACUCAGAUGAGACAGAUGAUGCACCGGUCAGAUCUUUUCUCAAGCAUCUACUGGCCGAAGAAGCGCUAUUAUUCGACAAGAGCUGGCUGAGUUGGAGGAGAUACGCAUUGCUAUUCAAAGAGUACCAAUUCUACACGACAGGCCUCGACCGAUUGGAGUUCCUGGUCGACACGAUGAUGCAAUUCCCCAGUGAAGCCCCUCAAUGGCCACUCAAGCAGGAUGCAAGUGGCAUGUUCACGAAUACACACCAAACUGCACAGCAUCAGCAACCGAGAUCACAGCAUGGACAGCCGAGACCCACCCAGAAACACCUGUUCAGGCAAGCUGGUGGCAGAAGGUACUUAGGUUUAUGGGAUCUGAAUGAGUCGCGGCCGCCAACACGACAAGCUGCCAGCACAAUCGUAGCAGGUCUGGGGCGAAGGCACAGCCAGACAAGCGAAGUGGUGAGUGCAGGUUUACACAGCACGGGAGUACCACGACUCAUUGAGAAUACGAUGGGGCCUUGA